AUGAACCGUUUUACGGCCGACUAUUCGAGCAGCAUCAAUUCCACUCCUGGCAAAGAACAUCCACAACAACGAUCGCAUUUAUUCUCCUCCAAGCCUCCUGAACAUGCCAGCACUACUCCUAUCGCCCCCCCUCCUUCUCAAAUCUUCGGCAGCUCGACCUUUGGCACUGGCGUCCGGAAGCUGCAACUUUCCCAGCCUUCCAAAUCCUCUCCUCCCUUGCAUACAUCCAAAUUCAGUCCGGCCGAAUCGCGCACCAAGAAUGGAACAUCUGCAAAAUUGAACGCUAGGUUUCCAAGCUCUUUCAAUACAUCGGUAGCCUCAGACACUGUGGAGCAAGAUGGAGAUAGGUACACGGAGGACGAUAUGGAUGAGGGUGAUCCGGAUGAAACGAACCAAUUCCCAUCCCCUCGAGGCUUUCAAUUAGUCAAUCAACAAUCCGCGGCUUCGCUCAUGAAAUUCAGCCCCAACAACGGAAGGGGAUCGAGGAUAUCAGUGUUGCGCCAAUCUCUACGGACCCCAAGACUCUCCGCACUCCCACACAAGGGCGAUGAUUCGGUCGUUCGAAAUUUGGCAAAGGAGCUAGGCGCCAGGGCGCGACGCGCACCGCUGACUGAACCCGACGAGGUCAUUCUCAGGACAGAGCAGAUCCUUCGCCAACUCGACGAACAGGCACAGGACCUGAAAGACGGCGGGAGAAUCCUUCAAGCCGUCACUGAACAUGUUUUGGAGCUCAUCAAGGAGUGGCAACGGUCUGUGGCGGCGGAUCGUCCCUCACUUGAUAGCAGCGAUAUAGGUCCACAACCUUCAGCCCCUGCAUUUGUCAAGGCCAACUACCUCGCUUCGCUACUUCUGGCGCUUCAUCAUCCACCGUCUCCGGACCACAUGGUCCUCUCCACCCCACAGAUUCUUCUGGACUGGCUCGAUACCUAUCACGUCUCCUAUGAACCGUUGUACCGGACUGUUGCGUCGGCCAAACCGAAUUGCACGUCCCAUGAAUUGUUUUGGGACGCCGUCCAGAGCCUGGCGUUGCGAGGGAAGCUGCAAAUGGUGAUGCAACUCUUUGCCGAAGCCGAUUUCAGAUAUGCGGCAUCUGCCGCGGAUGAUGGAACGGAUGGUGCUGGUUACAAGGGUGCCCAGCUCCAGUCGGUGCAGAGCGUCAUCUAUCGAGCGCGCGUCCUGCUCAAUUCAUGUCCGGCCAUUCAAUCCGAGGAUUGGGAUGUCGCUGGACCUGAUUGGGAUUUAUUUCGAAGCCAAGUAAAAUCAGAGCUAGAAAACCUGACCGAGCUUGCCUCUGGCCAGGAUGACGACGACACUGCCUCAUUCGAAGCGGAGAACUUCGGACUGCGCAAGCUGGGCUUAAAUUCACUUGGGAAACUUGGUCAGAAAUCUGGAUCGACGAUUCCCUGGACGAUCUUUCAGAAUCUCAAAAUCCUCUACGGUAUUCUCUUCGGGAGUGUCGAGGAGAUUGCUGCUCAAUCCCAAGACUGGCUUGAAGCGGCAACCUCGUUGACAAUAUGGUGGGAUGGCUCUGCGGAUACUUCAGUGGCUCAAUGGAGCUUCGAUGUCAGCCGCGCCAAUGACAGGGCUGAAGAUGACAACGAUAUCUAUCCUUAUCUUGGCCGACUUCGAGAUUCCUUCCUCAGUGUGACCGAUCCAAAUGACAAGAACUCAUUCCAAAUCAAUGCUAUGUCGCCCAUCGAAGUGGGUCUUGGUUCGAUCCUGCAAGGAAGCACUCAAAGCGCCUUGAUCGUGCUCCGUGGCUUGUCUCAGUGCGUAGCUGCGGCGGUGGCCGAGGUUGGCGUAAAGGCCGGUUGGCUCGAAGAGGAUCCUCCCGCCAGACCGGCUGGUUUGAGUGAAGAAGAUCUUAUGGUGCUCAGCUAUGGUGCCCCGAAGCAGGAUAUCACCAAGGAUGAGCUGCUAUUGGGUUACGCAGAGCAACUCUUUGAAAAGGAAACUCUGCGACUUUCAGAUGGUUCUCUGUUUGAAGGCUGGGAAGUUGCCAUUUCGGUCAUAACGAGAUUAGACGAUCGCGACGCAAUGCAUACCGCGGUCGGCAAUUUCAUCGAGCAACUCCAAGUGGUGACUCAAGAACGGGCCGAGAAGCUCACCAACCUUUGCUCAGAUCUUGGACUUCAGGACGAGGCACGAAAAGUGUCCGAUCGAUUUGGAGAUCAUCUGGUCAACAAUACCACAGAGUAUGGAACGGCUCUAUUGUGUUACGCCAGGAGUCAUGCAUCACAUAAAAUCCGUCAGUUGGUCGAUCUACUCAUCAGCUACUCCUUGGUGCAGUCCCGGGCGUAUCCUCCAGACACCGAAAUGGACGAUGGUCUCCAAAGUCUUGUCGGAAAUCCGAGAACAGCCCUCGCCGACAUUGCGGAUGUGGACCCGGAAGCUGCAGAGAUGCUACAAUUCUAUCUCGUCGGUUACGCCUGCCUCCGACGAUUCUACAACCUGCGUGACGAGGAUAACGCGCCGACUUCGUGGGCCAAAUCCAACCUUCGACCUCUGGCACGCAGUCGAGCAGCGGCCAAAGCUCUCAUCGCUGCAAUCAACAGUGCCGCCGACAGCAUUUACGGAGGUCUCUACGAUCCCGAGCGACAAUCGGCCAUUCAAGUCGACGGACUCCUGACUCUCUUCGGUGAAGCCACGGCGCUCCUCGCCGUCAAUGGCACAUCUGGUAAACGCGUCUUGACCACCGAACAGAUGUAUUCACUCCUUGCCGCGAUCGAAGACUUAUCGACCGUCUCUUCGCGCGUGUACGAUGCUACGGAAGAGUGCCUCCAAGCCGCUCUGCGAAAUUUCCACGGCUCGCAACCGCCAAGUCCGCAGGCGAUGCUGAAGAAGAGCAUGUCGAGUGGGACGAACUCGAGUUUUAGCUUUAGCAUGAUGGGAUCGGAGAUGUUGGGUCGCAGUGAAAUAACCAGUAUGGGCACCGGAGGAAAGAGCGUAGGCAGCAGUGGUGUGUUGGUUCCGCAUGGAAAAGGUGAUGCGGCAAGAGGGUGGGAUUGGCGGUCCAAGUUCAAGGAUCGCCAUGUCUCUGGACGCGAUGUGGUUAGAGUGUUGAGAAUGGGAUUAGCGGAGGAAUUGAGUCUGGCAGAGUUGGAAGGGAGUGUGUGA